AUGGAUCAGAGCAAGUCAAAGCAAACCUCAUCGACUCUGCUGUCGGCUCCUAUUAUACUUUCACCACCACCACUAGACCACACUCAGCCGAAUGCUCUGCAGCAAAUCCAAUUGAAUCAGACGGAGUUCCUACCAAAUUACAACAGACAACAGAGUGUUGGAUACAAUCUUCAACAUGAGUUUGAAACAUUGACUGCAGAGUUGGACUUAGACUUGAAGAAUCAAGCAAGGGUCUCACAGAGUGCCCCACCACCCAUUUCAUUAAGUCAAGAUCAGUACCAAGGUUCCCAUCAACCAACAUCAAGCUCUAAUUUAGUUGCACCAGCUGCAUCUAAGUUUAACAAUGCAGGCAUUUCAUCGAAUUUGUUAAAUAUGGGGUCAACAAACACAGUUUCCGAAAAGGAGGUUAAUUCAUUAUCAUCAACCCCACAAGUGGCAGCAUCAAACCCGCAGUUGAGUUCAUUGUUGGAAAAUAGAAUUCAGAGCUCACAACCGACAGGUGGUUUCUUACAACCUCCAUCUGCUUCUAUUCCCGAUAGACCACAAUCAGCUCACGAUUUUACAAAUAUUUUCCGUAGAACAGGGCAUGGACUCACGGGGUUUAACCAAGGUAUUGCAUCACAACAACCUUCAAAUCAGUCGAAUUUAUACCUGGAUCUUUUGGUAUUCAGCAAUUGGAUCGAAAAUCUUAGUCCACAAGACACAGUUUCAAUGAUUGAUUAUUUGUGUGCUAGCUUGCCGGUUGACGUGCUACUCUCAUUCCAGGCAAAAUUAGACCAACACUUACAAGCUUAUAACCAACCACCAGGUGUAUUAAAUCCAUUAUCACCAUAUGGAAACACUUCGUUGAAUUCCGAUCUUUAUAAUGAUAUGGAGAACUUGAGUUUAAAUGAUAGAAAAUCAAAAUUUGGCCAGCCUUCGGCACAAAAAUCGUCUGCAUUUCAAGCCAACACCGAGGCAACUGCAUUCAAUCCGAAUUUGCUCAACCUUGAGAAGGGAAUAGCACGUCCACGUUCUGCUGAUCCAUUUUUGCAAAAGAACCAAGGACCGGUUAGCACAUUUGAGAGAUCAAAAUCACCCACAUCACAUUUACAUGAAAAGACAAAUUUCUUGCAAUUGGCAGCGAACAAUUCACAGGCAUCACCAUACUACUAUCAAUAUGGCAAUAACACUCAACCUUACUAUUCAUCAAGUCUGAUCAAUAGUGCUGCGCCAGGUCUUCAUCAGGAUGAGAACCUUGACAUGUCUAGUACUGCUUUGAAACUAGGAGCACUUGCCACAAUUAACUCCAGAGUAGCUUUGGAUAGUAACAGGAAGCAUCCACAUGGAAGUACAACCUGGAGCUCUGUCCCACAAAAUCAUCACCACCACAACCUUCAACAUAGCCAAUCUCAGAAUCAAGUUCUGCCUCAACUGGACAAGUUCAACAACUUUUCUUCAUCGACGAUGAAAUUUGAGAAUGCGAUAAACAGAGGAGCAAACUCUGCAUCAGUUCCCGCCAACUCACACCAAAGAAACAAUUACAAUACACCCACAGGAUUGAAAAGAAAAGUGACCUCGCCUACAGCUUCCAGCAUGCAACACUCAAACAUCUCUACCAACUCAAUCAAUAGUCAAACUGGAACCACAUCAUCAAUGCCUAGUGAAGUUGCAAGUGUUGAUCUUUUAAACAAUAUCCCCGCAUGGUUAAAGUUACUCAGAUUGCACAAAUAUACCGAUUGCUUAAAGGAUAUGUAUUGGAGAGAUUUGAUUGAGUUGAAUAGUGAGCAAUUGGAAGAGAAAGGAGUGGCUGCCUUGGGCGCCAGACGUAAACUUUUGAAAGCGUUUGAAGUGGUGAAAAACAGUCAAUGA